GGCGGUCCCCUCCCUCGCUCGCUCCCAGCCCGCUCCCGCUCGCUCCCUGCCCACUCCCGGAGGGACGUUCCGCGCCGCGGCCCCGCGGCCGCCGCUUCUUUCACACUUUAGUUGGGAGCUGCGCGCCGCGCUCAGUUACUGGAGAGCUGGCCGCGCGCCGUCGCCUCCCGCACGCACGCACGCACGCGGCCCGGGCUCCGGGGUUCUCGGCGUCUACUCGGAGCGGCGGGGAGGAGGGGGACACCCGGACUCACUGUGGGGAGGCGAAGGAAGAGGAGAGGAGGGAGGAAGAGAAAAGGCGAGGAGGAAAGGGGCGGGGGGCGGGAGGCUUGCCACCUUCAGCCCCCCCGCGAGCGCCCAAGGUGCGCACAUCCUGACCGACUCAGCAGGAAGGUGGAUUUUCUUUGUGUUUAAAGAAAAAAAAUGUCCCCGUGUCUGUAGAGAUGAUUUGCAGUUCAGCCCGGCUGAAGCUGACCGAAUGAGACUAUGGGCUGUGCCUCUGCCAAGCAUGUUGCCACUGUUCAAAAUGAAGAGGAAGCCCAGAAAGGGAAGAACUACCAGAACGGAGAUGUGUUUGGCGACGAGUAUAGGAUCAAACCGGUGGAAGAGGUCAAGUACAUGAAAAAUGGGGCAGAAGAGGAGCAGAAAAUAGCAGCCAGGAACCAAGAAAACUUGGAAAAAAGUGCCAGUUCAAACGUAAGACUUAAAACUAAUAAAGAGAUUCCAGGAUUAGUUCAUCAACCCAGAGCAAACAUGCACAUCUCUGAAAGCCAACAAGAAUUCUUCAGAAUGCUGGACGAGAAAAUUGAAAAGGGUCGAGAUUACUGUUCCGAAGAAGAGGAUAUCACAUAGCACCCAUCCUACCACUGAAACCAGGAGCUACUACUGUGUAAAUAGGUUACACCCCAGUUGAAAUUCUUGCAAAGGUCGGUUCUCUUCAGCGAACAGCACUAUAGCAAAAAGAAGAUCGUUCCAUAUCGUAUGCCCCAUUAAAUUACAGUGUUUCUUAAUGAACUUGCAAAGGAAUAUUGCUAAAAACAAACACACACACACACACACACAAACUGUUCUCGAACUUUCUUUGUUGCUGCUAGUUAAAACUUGUUGCAACUUCUCACUUCUCUUGUGUCCAGGUAUGCAGCAAAAUUCUGCAUUUUCACCUUAAAGAUCUUGUUGGUUUUCCAGAUGCUCUCCAAACGAUUUUCUAUAUAAGAUGAGGUAGUGGUGAACUCAGACAUCCAACUUCUGUCGUAGAACUGUUCUGCUUCUAAGACAAGCAUCUCCUUCCCUCUCUCCUCCCUCUCUGCCUCUCCCGAGCGGUCCAGAGCCUUGCUUCCCACUGCCAGUGCUGCGCUUUGGAGACGGGAUGGUUGCUGUGGCAAGCCUGGUUUCUCUGCUAAGAAGAGGUAGAGAAGCCAUUACCCAUAAAGAGCAUGUGGGGACGGGACUGCCGGAGUGACGUAGGCGCGAGCGGCAGGUGGUUUCCUUGACGAGGUGUCUUCUUCGAGGAUUAAGCUUGCAACAUUAGCUUUGCUCAGAUGCAGUUGGAAGUGUGAUCACAAUCAUUUUGAAUCCCUCUUCCCCACUUUUUUUUCUAAGAAAAUAAACAUUUUACUGUUUUUAUGUAUCCUGUCUUCUCCCAUUCAUCCAGUUCAGUGUCUUACGGUGAUCCUGGGUGUGGAAGAGGAGCCCUGCUUUUGCAGGGGACACCGACAGUUGAGCUUCAUGGCUCCCUCCCCUCCACCAAUCCGCCACCCACUGGCAGGGCCUCCGGUGGUCAGAGGAGAUGAGGGACUGCCCCUCGACGUUUUAGGAAGGCCCGAAGCCACCCCGCGUCCUCUGAUUUUGUUAGCAGAUCAGCCAUCCUACGUCCUCAUUCGCUCCCUCCUGAAUGUUCCGUGAGCCUUGCCACUUCCUUCCUCGCUCCCGCACGGCCCUGGCCAGGACAGUGCCGUGCGUUCCCGUCCUGGACAUGUAGUACGUUGACACUGGUGAUGCUGUUUGGAGAUGCGGAAGCCGAAGCCCUGGGGCAGUGCUGGGGGAAUGUGAACUGUGGGUUUGGUAGAGUUUAUUUUUCCAUAUUAUAUGAAGAGAAUGAUCUCUUCUCAGAGACAGAAGUAAUAUUUUUAACAAAUGCUGUCACAAGUAAAUAGCAAUCAAAAGGA